CAGCCGGCCGGCUCAGUGUACGCCGCCGCACCGGUCCGGCGAGAGGCAGAGAGAGCGACACGGCCGGGACCGCGUCGCCGCUGCACGCUCACAGCUCGCGCGCGGCCUCCGGUAGCACGUCCGGCGCCUCCUUGGCCGAGCCCGCUCACCGGCCGCCACCGAGCAGCAUGGAGACGCUGGCCGAGCUGGCUCCGGCGCCGGCGCUGGGCGACCGGCGCGAGUCGGCUGCCAGCUCGACGUCCACGGACAGCGACGACUGCGGGCCGUCGUUGCGCGCGCGGCCGGCGCUGGCCGGCGCGGCGCCGACGUCGGACAAGCAGCUGCUGGCCGUGGAGGAGGCUGGUCUGUCACACGCCGAGUCGUCGCUGUCCGACUGCCGUGACAGCGGCGUCGAGGCCGACGCUUACGUGCAGCCGGACGAGGCGACCGCCCUCCAGCUGGUCGAGGCCGUCGAGUUCUACUUCUCCGACGACAACCUGUUGAAGGACGCCUUCCUGCUGAAGCAUGUCAAACGCAACAAGGAGGGCUUUGUCAGCCUCAAGCUGAUGUCGAGCUUCAAGCGCGUCAAGCACAUCAGCCGCGACUGGCGCGUGGUGGCGUUCGCGAUGCGCUUCAGCUCUCAGCUGGAGGUGAACGAGGAGGCCACCAAAGUGCGCCGCCUGCAGCCGCUGCCCGAGCACGACGAGACCGUCACCAGCCGCACCGUGGUCGCCGUCAACCUGCCGCUGGAGAAUCCGACCAUCGCGUCCGUGUCCGAGCUGUUCGGCAGCUGCGGCGACAUCAGCAGCAUCCGCGUGCUCAAGCCGGGCAGCAACAUCCCGGUGGAGGUGCGCGCCGCCUUCAACAAGCAUCCGGACAUCGCGUGGGAGGGCGUCAACUGUGCCGUGGUCGAGUUCGACCUGCAGGAGCAGGCUCGCAAGGCCAAGGAGACGAUGGGCUGCGGCGAGCCGACGGACGCUGCCGCCAUGCACAUCAUCCCGAUCGGCAAGGUGAGCAACAAGAAGAAGUCGCGCCAGGAGGAGCCCGGCCGGCUGGCCGCCAGCCUGGAGGAGAUCAACAACAACGCCAACGUGCCGGCUGAGAAGAAGCGGCGCCAGAAGCGCAAGAAGACGUCGCUGGUGCACAUGGACAGCCACAGCUCCAUGUCAGGCACGGACGGCGAGCUCAGCAUGACGCCGAUGCGGCGGCUGAGUGCCGCGUCGCGGCCGCCGCUGCUGCCGCUGCCGCCUGGUCUUCGCGCCCACCGCCUGUCGCCGCCGUCGCGGCCGGGCGGCAUGUUCGCCUGCACCGACAUCCGGCUGGCGGUGGAGCACCAUCUGGUGCACCGCGGCAAGUCGCACUCGUCGCCCAACGUGCUGCCUCCGCAGAGCCUGGCCUCCCGCCAGCAGAAGUCAAACUCAUUCUGCGGCGUGGUGCCGGCGGGCGCCUCGGACCAGUGCCCCUGGGUGCAGCGACGCAAGGCGUCUGGCAUGCUGGACGCCGACCGGCGCGGCUCGCUCAUGACGCAGGACAACGUGCACCGCGCGCCCCGCGGCCCGGACGGCACCCGAGGCUUCAUCCGACCCAGCCGCCCGUCCGCCAUCACCAUCAAGGCUCCGCUCGCCGCCGCCGCCCCAGCUCCGGCCGCUGCUCCUGCUCAGGCCCGACGGCCGCACUUCCCGCAUGUGGAGCAAGCUAGCGAGGCGUCCGUGUGGUUCGCGCCGGGCUGCUGGGCGGCGCUGGGCCGGCUAGCUAGCGAGGCGUCCGUGUGGUUCGCGCCGGGCUGCUGGGCGGCGCUGGGCCGGCUAGCUGGCGAGGCGUCCGUGUGGUUCGCGCCGGGCUGCUGGGCGGCGCUGGGCCGGCUAGCUGGCGAGGCGUCCGUGUGGUUCGCGCCGGGCUGCUGGGCGGCGCUGGGCCGGCUAGCUGGCGAGGUGUCCGUGUGGUUCGCGCCGGGCUGCUGGGCGGCGCUGGGCCGGCUAGCUGGCGAGGCGUCCGUGUGGUUCGCGCCGGGCUGCUGGGCGGCGCUGGGCCGGCUAGCUGGCGAGGCGUCCGUGUGGUUCGCGCCGGGCUGCUGGGCGGCGCUGGGCCGGCUAGCUGGCGAGGCGUCCGUGUGGUUCGCGCCGGGCUCCUGGGCAGCGCUAGGACGGUUCGCUGAGUUCUUCCGGGCGUAA